GAUAAACAAAAUCUAUCCACAAUAUAUCAAGGUCUAUGGGAGGCGAGUGUACGUUUGGCAACACUGCCGUGUUCAACGUCAUAUCUAACCUCAAAUAAACAGCUGAUGCCUGAAAACAAUGCAUUUUACAACCAAAACAGCUUUAGAUGGCAAAACCAUGGACAAAAUGGAUAGACGAAUGUCAAUUAGCACUUAGCAAGGUUAAGCGAAAUUCAAUGGUUAACCGUCUUGGCAAGAAUAUUAGCUGGAAAAGCUACUGCAGUGACGUUGAGAUACUCCGGCAAAACAACCUUACGAACGUCAAUGGAGGGACCAGAGACCCACAACUGGCACUUGGGCUUUGCCAAAGACAUAGUGAGGUAAGUAUCGGUAGAAUGGACAGUGAACAUGUUCAACACAUCGAGACCGAACGGAAUAUUCCCAGCACUGCUACAGAUGACCUAGGGGACUCUUCUACUAAAGUCUGGAGAGCUGCCAGGGUGGUCUUUAUCCCUAAAGCGGGUAAAAAGCACUACUCAAUAGAAAAAUUCUUAAGGCCAAUAGGUCUUAGAUCUUUCAUGUUCAAGACACUUAAAAGGAUCGUGGACCGGUACUUGAAAGAAGGGGUGCUAAAAAAACACAUUUGA